UUGAUUUCGCACGCGGAAUCCCCCCCAUCACCUUGAGAUUUGAUUUGUCUCUCGUGAACUUGCGGCGAAUCGAAAUCGUCUUGAAUUGGCCAGUGAGAUCAUCUCACGCACCGUUCCUCCAUCUCAUGGUCGAACGGCAAUGAAUGGGGACACACAGAGAUUGUCGAGCAAUUACAUUAAUUGUCACCUUUUUCCCGGCGAUCAUGGCUUUGCUGGCACGUCGUCUGAACAAAACCCUCACCAGGAGCUUGGGCAUCUGGAUGCUUUUUCUGCUAGCUUCCAUCCAAGGCAAGUCCGGCAAAGUGAGGUGCCUUAAAGGCAAGGUGGUCAAGGAGGAAUUGAUCUAUCCGUGGACGGAGAAAAAGUGCGACCACAUCUAUGAGGACGUGUGCGAAUUCGAGUACAAAAAACAGCCUGACAUUCGUUACGAGCAGGAGUGCAGCAUUGAGUACAUCGACAAAUGUACCACCGAUGUGAAGAAAAUCCCCAAGGAGCAUUGCACGAGUGUCCAAGAGAAGCAGUGCAAAAUCGAAUACGAUACCAUCCACGAGACUAAAUACAAGCAGAAGUGCUGGAAGGAAAACGAACAGAAAUGUCACACCGUGUACAAAAAGAAAUGUCAAAAUAGCUAUGAUGAGGUUCCCGAUCACGUCUGUAACACGGUUUAUGAAGAGAAAUGCGAAGACAAGCACGAAACCAAGUACGAAACCAUUUAUGAGAGCCAAUGCCACACGGAAUACGAGAUGAAGUGUGAGGAAACCUACGAAGCUCAUAUACCCGACAAAAAGAACCCCGAUUACUCAUCUUCAUCCUCUUCGUCUUCAACUUUUCCCAAUUUCGGAAACGAACGUCCGUCGGGUUCGUCGGGAAAUUCAGCGACAAGCUUCAGUUUGGGAGGCCUUAUGCAAACGUUUACGAAUUCUCUCACCAGACCCUUUGCCAACGGCUUUUCGAAUGGUUUUGGUUUUGGACGGAACAGGAGGAAAGACAAGAAGCUGAACAAGACGAAUCAUGGGGAGAGAUCCCGAAAAAGGUCAAAAGAUCGACAACAAAAACGACCAUCUCAAGGCAGAGAGAAGAGAUCGUUCUCGAACCUUAAGCCUCUGUUCAAGGCUAGUCCAGAGGAUCCCUUGGAAGUGCUGGAAAAUAGCACUUCCGUGGAAGUGGGUGCCAUGGCAGCAAGAAUGGAUCUAGGGCGGAAAAGGGACAGAAAACCGAACCUCAGAAAAGUCCUCAGGCGUAAGCGACCACGACGAAGGAAACCCCAAUUUGAACGGAAUCGAUCCGUACUAAAAGAUGGCCGAGGAAAAGUUUCAGCCAAGGAAGGCGAGAAAUUCAAGGGAAACCCCCAGGAUUCCUUGAGACGUUGGGAAGAUCAGGGUUACAAGGCUCCCAAAUGCAAAAGCGUUCCCAAGAAGACUUGCCAACAAGUCCCCAAGGAGGUGCCCAAAGAAUACUCAUCGAAAAAAUGCCGUCAAGUACCCAAGGAAACUUGCCGGGAAACGUACAAGCAGAUCAAGAAGCAGGAGUGCAAACAGGUUCCACAACAAAAGUGUCGGAAGGUUCAGAAGCGCAAAUGUCGAGACGUGCCUCGGCAAGUACCCAAGAAGAUCCCCCGGCAAAAAUGCUGGACGGUGCCAAGAAGGAAAUGCCAUACCACUUACGAUCAGAAGAAGAAGGAGACUUGCAAACAAAUCCCACUGAAAAGAUGUGCCAAGGUGCCAAAAGCGUACGAAAUCGAGGUUCCGGUGAAAAAAUGCAAGAAAGUCCCCAAAGAGGUGUGCUAUGAAGUGGGGGUGGGGAAACCCAAACGUAUUCCUCAUUUCAGCCCAACCACGCUCUGUCGAAUCUCCAGACGUUAAACCAAACCAAAGACAAGACAACGCUCAAACACUGAUACUUUU